AUGAGGUGGUCCAAGAAAGGUGGAACUGGGAAGAACGAGAAUUUCCACGGCGGCAUCAAUCGUCUGGUCGCAGGCGUGGCUCGCAUCGGUGUGGAGGCGUGCGACGCGAGGCUUCUGCAACGUGUUUGUCGUCACAACCUAGACAUGGACCGCAAGCUUGGCAACACCAGCAAGCAGUCAACUCGUUGGCCUUGGAGGGAGCGCGUGGUGAACAAAGCGGCCUCGGGCAUCCUCGCUUCGCUCCCGUUCCCGAAGGCGCCUCCCGACCCGAAACACGACGUAUGUGAUGCCAACUCCCUGCUGUUCGUGUGCCGGUGUCAGAUCCCAACGAAGGACUUGGAACCGAUGGGGUUCGAGUUCCACACCGCCAGGAAAGCUGCCGGUCGACGAGAAGCCAUGAAUGCCGCAACGAGGAUAGUUGCAGAGCGUCGGGGCAACAACCCCCGCUCUUCGCCGUCGAUGACGGCAGGAAGUGCCGCAAGGGAGGGGCCGGAGACGGCGCCGUUGCCACUACCGACAGCAGGAGGCCGGAUUGGAACGGCGGCGGCUGGGGCGGCGGGGCCUGCGGAGGGGCCUCCGGCAGACGGGGCGGCAGGGCCGGGGCCGUGGCCUGCGGCGGGUGCGGGCGCGGCGCCGGGGGAUUCGCCCUCGCCAUCAUCGACGCAAGAAGGCCGGGUGGGAACGGCGGUGCCGGGUGCGGGCGCGGUGCUGGGUGCGGGUGCGGCGCCGUUGCCGACCAUGACAACGACGGGUGCCGCUUUCGCCAACUAUGGGGGGGCGCGCAAGCUACAUAGUAAACGUCCCACCAUCGAGGGACAGAAGUCUGUCACCCCGACAACCGACGGCGAGCUGGAUGCCUUUGCCCGUUGUCUUGCGACAGCAAGGGCUCAAGGCCGAGGGGAGGUGAUGGAGGAGACGGCGCGACUGUACAACACAGAGUUUUUCACCCAGCAGCUUGACCGGGACGCGCCAAUAAUUCUCCGUGGACCCACUUCAGCGCAAAAGCUGCGAAAAAAAUCAACGACAACGGCCACGGCUAAGAGGGCCCGACAGGUCUCCGCAGACUUCGCAGCUGUGCAAUCGGCGGGCAGAACGGCGUCGUCUUGUUCGACCUCUCCUUCGAACUCUUCUUCGACCACGUCGAGAUCAAAGCGCCGUCGUGACGUCAGACCUGACAGGGAAAAUGCCGUUGCUAGAGUCGCGAACAGGGUUCCUCUGACGAUAGAAGAAAUAGAGACACUUCCCGACGCCGUGGCUAUUCCUUACCUCUCGGAUAUGGAUCAGCCGACGUCAGGCAGGGUUGCUGCCAAACGCGAGAGGUUGAAGAGCUACUUCCGAAACCACAACCUCACAUCGUACACACCUGUGGGCGGGGCAAACAAGAAGGCCGCGGGUGCGGCAGUUACAGGACCCCCUAGUGGGCACCGGGCGAUCUAGAACGGCUGGGGUGUAGAAUUCUGUUUCUGGUGGCAAGGGCGGGCUUUCUCAUUCUGCACGAAUGUUGUGUGUUUCACUGCUGCUCCUUCACGUAAUAUUAUUGCGGUU